ACAGGAUUUUGUUGUGUGGCUUGGAGAUGAGAGAGGUCUCUAGAAUGGGGUUCCUCCUGGGACUGAUGGAUCUCCCAGCAGCGCUAGGAGAGAGAAGCUCGGGAAGCCCUACAAAUAACAGCCAUCCUCAGAGCUUUGCGAUCGUCUCUUUCCGAUGGGAUCACGUGAAGGACCCUUAUGUCAUUACACUCUGGAUACUUGUGGCCAGCUUGGCCAAAAUUGUUUUCCACUUGUCCCACAAAGUCACUCGGGUGGUUCCAGAGAGUGCUCUACUGAUUGUUCUUGGUGUCCUCCUUGGUGGCAUUGUAUGGGCAGCAGAUCACAUUGCCUCUUUUACCCUUACACCGGAGGUGUUUUUUUUCUAUCUGCUGCCUCCCAUUGUUCUGGAUGCUGGAUAUUUUAUGCCAAAUAGGUUAUUCUUUGGAAAUCUUGGUUCCAUCCUUUUGUAUGCUGUCAUUGGGACCGUAUGGAAUGCAGCCACAACUGGUUUAUCUCUCUAUGGUGUCUAUCGGACAGGAAUAAUGGGCCACCUGGACAGUGGGUUGCUGGACUUCCUCCUGUUUGGCAGCUUGAUUGCUGCUGUGGAUCCUGUUGCUGUGCUGGCAGUAUUUGAAGAAGUCCAUGUCAACGAAGUUCUAUUCAUCAUUGUUUUUGGAGAAUCACUUCUGAAUGAUGCUGUCACUGUGGUGUUGUACAACGUGUUUGAAUCUUUUGUUGCAAUAGGACCAGAGAAUGUGACUGGUACUGAAUGUGUCAAAGGCAUAGUGUCAUUCUUCGUGGUAAGCCUGGGUGGGACACUUGUUGGCAUUUUCUUUGCAUUUCUGCUCUCCUUGGUCAGCCGUUUCACCAAGCACGUUAGAAUCAUCGAGCCUGGAUUUGUUUUUAUUAUUUCCUACCUGUCCUACCUCACAGCAGAGAUGCUUUCUCUUUCCGCUAUCCUUGCGAUAACUUUCUGUGGCAUUUGCUGUCAAAAAUAUGUCAAGGCUAAUAUAUCUGAACAAUCUUCUACAACUGUAAGAUAUACCAUGAAAAUGUUGGCCAGUGGAGCAGAAACUAUCAUCUUCAUGUUCCUAGGAAUUUCAGCUGUAGAUCCAAAAAUUUGGACUUGGAAUACAGCUUUUAUACUCUUGACUCUGGUAUUCAUCUCAGUAUAUAGAGUCAUUGGUGUAGUUUUACAGACUUGGAUUCUUAACCACUACAGAAUGGUCCAGUUGGAGAUAAUAGACCAGGUAGUGAUGUCAUAUGGUGGACUACGUGGAGCAGUUGCUUUUGCUCUGGUUGCGCUUCUGGAUACAAGAAAAGUGAAAGAGAAGAACCUGUUUGUCAGCACAACUAUCGUUGUUGUGUUUUUUACUGUUAUUUUCCAGGGAUUGACAAUCAAGCCUUUGGUACAGUGGCUGAAAGUGAAGAAAAGUGAACACAGAGAACCAAAACUCAAUGAGAAACUUCAUGGAAGAGCCUUUGAUCACAUUCUUUCUGCUAUAGAAGACAUCUCUGGACAAAUAGGACACAACUAUCUGAGAGACAAGUGGUCCAAUUUUGAUAGGAAAUUCCUCAGUAAACUCCUGAUGAGAAGAUCUGCUCAAAAAUCAAGAGACCAAAUCCUUAAUGUUUUCCAUGAACUCAACUUGAAGGAUGCAAUUAGCUAUGUGGCUGAGGGAGAGCGUAGAGGUUCCUUAGCAUUUAUACGUUCUCCAAGUACAGACAACAUGGUCAAUGUGGAUUUCAAUACCCCGCGUCCAAGUACUGUGGAAAGUUCUGUAUCUUAUUUACUGAGAGAAAAGGCUGGACCGGUUUGCCUUGACAUGCAAGCUUUAGAGCAGAGGAGGAAAAGUAUUCGGGACACAGAAGACACAGUUGCACAUCACACCCUACAACAGUACCUAUAUAAGCCCAGGCAGGAGCACAAACAUCUGUACAGUCGACAUGAGAUCAUGCACAAUGAAGAUGAGAAACAAGACAAGGAGAUUUUCCACAGGACAAUGAGGAAGCGCUUGGAAUCUUUCAAGAGUACUAAACUAGGAAUAAAUCAUCCCAAGAAGCUGAAUAAAAUCCACAAAAGAGAACGGGGCCAAAAAAGGCGAAACAGCAAUGUCAUACCAAAUGGAAAAAUACCGUCAGAAAAUCCUGUACAAGAUUAUACUUUGAAGGAAAAAGAUUCGGAAUUUUCUGAAGCAGAAGAAAAUAAUGAUUAUGAAACUUUGCAUCUAGGCAAAGGAGUUGAUUUUCUGGCUAACGUGACCAAGCAAAAUUUCACAGAUAACCCUGCUGGAAUUGAUAACCCAGUAUUUUCAGCUGAUGAUGAUCAAAGCAUCUACAUGAAGUUCUCACCAUGGUUGUCUAGUGAAGAUACUGUGGUACCAUCACAAAGGGCCCGAGUGCAGAUCCCUUAUUCUCCAAACAACUUCAGACGGCUCACUCCGUUCCGGCUCAGCAAUAAAUCAAUAGAUUCUUUCCUGCUAGCAGAUGGCCCAGAGGAACAACCCAGGCCUUUUCUCCCAGAAUCAACACAUAUGUGAUAUGGACCAAGAUGUUGAAAUGACAGAAUACUCCUCUUCAGAUGACAAAUUUCCUCCUUAUACAUCUGACCAACUAAA